AUGAGCAUCUCAUCUCAUCUUAUCUCAUCUCAUGUCUUAAAUUUUUCACUCUUAAUUACAAGUGAAAAAUUCCAGUACUUCAAUAUACUACAAAAAGUUAAACUAUUUGACCAGAAUUUUAGGGUUUCAAGGCCUGAAAUGAGUUCUAGAGCAUUGAGAAAGCUUCAAAAUGACCAAGAAUUGUUAGAUUCUCUUCUUGGAUCCCCCAAAACUAGUGAUGAAAAGCCUAAAAAAUCCGAUAUAGAGUCUAAGACUCAAAAUGCAAAUAUAUUCGCAUUGAUGAAUGAUGGCGAUGACGAAGAAGGAUCUGAUCGUGAAGUUGACCAGAAUCAGGAGUCUCCAAAGAACCAGGAGGAAGAAAAGCCCAAGGUGCAGCUUCCUACCAGGUCUCAAAAGAAGGCAAAAAAGAAGAAUAAGAAAUCCUCUAAGGGCAGUAAAAAAUCCGAGGAACCUCUAGAGGAAUCUAAUAAUGAUGACGAUGAUGACAAUGAUGAUGGUGAAUUAGAAGCUAUGAUUCAGCAGUACAAGAAACAUGAUGCAUUGAAAUAUGGUGUACAAGAUUUCGAUCAUAAAGAAGAUGAAGAAUAUGAUAUUACUCUAGAGUCCUUUGCUCAUGCCUGUAAAUUCUAUGAUUUGAAAAAUGAUAGCGGUUUUACUCAAUUCCCAGCAUCUUGUCUACAGUGCUGUACUGGUUUCUUCAAUAAUGAUUUCAGGAAACUAGAUCCUCAUUUUGAAUUUAAGUUAUUAUUCGAUGAUAUUUCUGCUGAAUCCCUGGAAGAUAUUGAAUCUAUGAGCUCUACCCAUAUCUCACCUCAACAGUUGAAGCAGGUCCAACGUUUAAAACGUUUAGUGAGGAAUUGGGGUGGUAAAGACCAUCGCAGUGUGCCCACAGGACCAGGUAGUGCAGCACAUCGUUUACAAUUCACCAAAAUUCAGGAAGAUUGGUUACCAACCCCCAGAGGUGAACUAUCUAUGCAAUCUCUGGGAACGGAUGACCUUUGUGAAUGGCAAUUGUGGCAAAGACCCACAGAUUGGAAAGACGUUGUUGAGGAAGACGUCAACAAUUGGAGGAAAAAAGUGUCUUUUUACAAAUUCGAACCGCUAAAUCCUGAUAUCAGCAAAAAAGCAAUGACAGAAUUCUACCUAAGUGUAAUACUACACCCAGAUCAUGAAAGUUUGAUCCAUUUAAUAUCAUCCAAAUUCCCAUACCACGUACCUGCUCUUCUGCAAGUGGCUCUCAUUACCAUAAGACAAGGUGAUAGGUCUAACACUAGUGGCUUAAUUCAAAGAGCAUUGUUUGUAUUUGAUCGUGCCUUGAGAGCAGGCAUUAAAUUUGACUCCCUCUCAUGUCAAUUACCAUACACCUAUUUCUUCAACAGACAAUUCUUUUUGGCUAUCUUUAGAUACAUUCUUUUAUUGGCUCAAAGAGGUGCUGUUGCUACCGCUGGUGAAUGGUGCAAAGCUCUAUGGUCAUUGAGUCCUCUUGAAGAUCCUUUAGGUUGCAGAUAUUUCAUUGAUCACUAUUUACUUUUGAACAAGGAAUACCAUUAUUUGAUAGAACUCUCCAAAUCUCCAUUGAUGACUUGUUACAGACAGUGGUAUACAUUGGGACUUGCCCUUGGUACUGUUCUCAGUUAUUUACGUCUAGAAAAUCCUCAGAGUGCUCGUGAAGAAUUAGUGAGAGCAUUCAAAUACCAUGCCCAUUCGUUAGCAUCAUUAUUUGUAGAAAAGUUAAGAGGUGACCCAAGUUUGACCCAGGGAUUGGAAUUCCAAGCUGAUUCCACUCAAGUGUUAGAAACGAAAGCCUAUGGUACUAGAUUUGGCAUAUCGUGGCAGAAACCUGAAAAUCUAAACUUCCUCAAUACUGAAUUGACAAAUCUAUUCAAGAAAUUCCAAACUCAAGAUUUAGAAAUUGCACCCGCUGUAUCUCAAGAAGAAGUAACGGUUAAUCCAUUUUUCGUUGAAGGUAUACCAGUUAAUCUAUUGAGAUUUUCUGUUCUUUCUGAAGAAUCUCCAGUGAUGGCAAGUAUUCCUACUUCUGUGUGGUCAAAUCACGAAGUUUACGAGUUUGACAUUUUGCCGCCCACACCAACAACUAAGGAAUCAAGAGACUUUGUUGAAGACGUCAGGACGUUUAUCAAUGAUCAAGAAUUGGCAAGAUCUCAAAUGGAUGUAGAUCAAGACGAAGCUCUAUUAAGUCAAAUAAGACAGUUAUCAUUGGAACAGUUCUUGGAAGAAAAUCCAAAUGUAGCACCAGAAUGA